AUGUCAAAGUCAUUACCUAUAAUAACGGUUAAUAAUAAUCAUGUUGACACCACUAAUACAAAAUACAAGUCACCUUCAAAAGCCCGUCAUACUGCAAAAUACCCUGGUAAAAAGAAGAGACCUGAACGAAAAUUAACGGCCAGAUUACUGAAUAGUGGUGGAUCUAGUGCAGAUGAAUAUGAUAUUACACCACAUAAUGAUUUAAUGAAUCAAAAUCAAAACAUACCGAUAUAUCUCUCACCAGCGGAAUCUACCUCUUCUACCCCUUCAACCUUAACAUCAACACCUCGAUACCUUCUAUUAAGUAAUAAUAACGCAUCAAUGCCUGAUCUUUCAACACAUUCAUCAACGCGAAGUAACAAGAAUCAUGGCAAUAUCAAUUCUUUUGGACGUUUAAAAAAAUUACAAUCAAGAAAAUCAAGGAACGGUAUUUUAUUCCCGGUGGUUCAUAAAUUUAAAUUUCCCUCUUCAAAAAGAAGAUCAACGAGAACAUUGUCAUCAUCUGUUAAACCUUCUACCAAAAGUGUUACUAAUGCGUCAACCCCAAUGAUAUUUCGUAGAAGGCGUAAACUUAAUAAAUCAUUGAAAAAGAAAAAACAAAAAUCUUUUAAUAUAAAAUCACCAUUUUUUGCAUUUUAUCUACAAUCAUCAUCAAAUAAUAAUAAAUCGAAUUUAUUACAAUCUUUUCAAUCAUUUCCUUAUGAACAAAUGACUAGUAUAAUACCAAAAUCUCCUUCUUUAUCUUCUAAUGCUUUCGAUGAUAGACUUUCCAUAAAGAUGAAUUUGGAAAGUGUUCAAAAAUUUAUUGAUUUACCAUUACUUUUUGUUUUUGAAAAUUUAACGAUAAAGAAUGAUAUUUAUGAUUUUUUACUUUUAAAAAUCGAAAACUUUAUUCUAUACUAUCAUAUCAUUGAUGAUAAUGAUAAAGACGAUCAAACUUGGUGUAUAGAACGUUUCGGAUGUCGUAGUAAUGAUGAAGUUAUUAGUGAUAUUGAGGGAGUAAGAGAAUAUUUUGAUGGAGAAAGAGUAGUGAAUAAAAAUAAAAAGGAUUUUAAAUCAUUUAAAGAUGAUGUGUUUGUUAAGUUUAAAGAUGUUGAAUAUAAAGAACUUUGUUCUGUUGAUGAAAUAUUAUUUGAAGGAGAUAUACAUAAGAUAACAAGGAAUGAAUCUGACGCAAAUCUAAAUAUACUUGAGAUUCAAGCGAAAAAAGAAAUUUUAAAACUUGGAACUUAUUCCUUGGAUGAAAAAAGAAGGUUUUUAAAUACCAUACGCUUCUUCACUGAUACAAAAAAAUAUUCCGAGAUGUUGAAAUAUUAUUCGAGAGAACCAUUGCCCAUAAUUACGGUGCAAUCAUCAGGUUCUGAACCGGAUGAAGAUGAGGAAGUUGAUAGUGAUGAAGAAGAAAUUGAUCCCAUGGAUGCUAUUGAAUUAAUUGAAGAAUUAGUAAAUAGUUGUAAUCAAUAUGAAGGCAAAAUUUUUACUUUACGCGAUACAAUUGUACACAAAUCAAGGGAACUUGAUUCAAGUAUACGUAAAUUUCGAGAGUUGGACAAACUUGCAAAGGAAAUGGAUGAAAGCAUUUCGGUGACUAGAUCCAGAUCAACAAAAGAAAUGGAAGAAACUAUUAAUAUGGCGGAUCAAACUACUCGAGGAAUAGCGAAUAAAUUAACUUAUAUUCGAACAAGGAUUCGUGAUAAAAAUGAAAGGUUAAAGCAACAUCAACAACUUGUACGUACUUUUCAAAUUGUUGAAUUAGAAAAAAGAUCAUCUAAUAUUCCUGCUAUAUAUAGAAUUGUUUUAGGAGUUUUUACCUUAACUAUUAUAAGUGUUGCAGUACUUGCGGUUAAAAGGUGGUGUUUAGUAACAACUCCAUAA